UUUUUCUUUUCUGCAUUUUGAAGAGCCACUAAAGGGCUUGGUUAAAACCCUAACAGAAUGGGUGUGUCCUCUGUUUCGUCACUGUCACGUUACAUCCCCUUAUUGGUUCUGCUACUUCCGGAUUCUUCCUCUCGAUCGAAAUCCACAACAGACGAAACCAACACCACAAUGAAUCGGUAUUUCGAUUAGACUGCGGGAGAGUUACUCUCCCCAAAUUACUUUGUGUUUUUCCAAACUGAUUGCCUCCAGUUUCGCCGUGAAGAAUUCCCCGAGCAACCGUCGUCUGUCAAAAGUCGAGGAUUAGUUUGCUCGGAGCGAAUAGCAGCCAUGAUGGCGUCUAGCUACAACGCUAAGGAAGAGGUGGACGGACACCACCCGGGAUCUUCGAAUCACGGUGGGACUGGACCCAUCAACAGCAAAAAACCCGACAACACGGCGUUCAAACAGCAGAGACUACCAGCUUGGCAGCCCAUCCUGACAGCAGGCACCGUGCUGCCAGCUUUCUUCGUUAUCGGCCUCAUCUUCAUCCCCAUCGGUAUCGGCUUGUAUGUGACCUCGAACAACAUUAAAGAGUUCGAGAUUGAUUACACCGGCGCCGAGCCCAACAGUCCGUGUUACGUCUGCGCCCAGAACUUCAGCUGGAACAGCACGACGCCAUGCUUCUGCACGGUGAACUUCACAUUACAGCAGCCGUUUGAGAACAACAUCUAUAUGUACUACGGCUUGUCCAACUUCUAUCAGAACCACAGACGCUACGUGAAGUCCAGAGAUGACAAGCAAUUGAACGGUGAUUCGAAGGCUUUAGAGGAACCAAGCAGUGAUUGUGAGCCAUACCGUAAGAGUGGGGGAGCGCCCGUUGCACCGUGUGGAGCCAUAGCUAACAGCCUUUUUAACGACACUCUGGACCUGUCGUAUGUUGAAACCAAUGGCACCUCGACUCCAAUUGAACUGCAGAAGAGCGGCAUUGCUUGGUGGACAGACAAGCAUGUGAAGUUCAAGAAUCCCCCUGGAAGUAACCUAAGUGUUGCUUUUCAAAACACAGUCAAGCCUGUGAACUGGAGGAGGCCGGUGUACGAGUUGGACCCGUCGAAUCCCGACAACAACGGGUUUAUCAACGAGGACUUGAUCGUGUGGAUGCGCACGGCCGCUCUGCCCACCUUCCGGAAGCUCUACCGCAUUAUACCCAAGAAAUCGGGCGCCGUCUCAACUCUACCCAGUGGGAGUUACAGCUUGAGAAUUGCUUACAAUUACCCCGUGCUCAGCUUUGACGGACGCAAGCGGAUGAUCUUGAGCACCAUCUCCUGGAUGGGGGGGAAGAACCCCUUCCUGGGCAUCGCCUACAUCACGGUGGGCUCCAUCUGCUUCUUCCUGGGCAUCGUUCUGCUCAUCAUCAACCACAAAUACGGCAACCGCAGCAGCAGUGCAGAAAUUCCAAACUGAACGGCUCCCGUGUCGUGUUCUCACGUCUCUGCUUGCGCCGCUGACCCUGAAGGGUCUGUUCUGGACUGCCUGUCGGUGUGGAUGCACUGUGAUCGCAGAAGAGUUCAAGCGUCUCAUCGCAUAGCUUUUGUUGUUUGUGUGUUGUCGCACGCGUUCCCGUGUGUUUUAGCUCCAAGCUGAUUGAUAAGCUYGUCACUUUUUUUCGUUGGUUUUUUUUGAAUCAUUUAUUUAUCUACGUGUUAUCAGAUUAGUUUUAUUUAAGCAAUGCUUGGCUAAAGGCUGUUUUGAAGGUUGUAUGUAUUCUUGAAUGCAAAUGUUUGUCCAUGUUCUGAAACGUGUCCUGCUGAUGAAUGUAACAUCUUACCUCUGGUUUUUAGGAUGACCUUGGUUACAAAAUGGUUCAUUUUUGCUUGUCUGCUGUUGAAAAACGAUAAACAUUGAUAUAUAACUGCAAGUAUUUAACCCUAGGAGUGACAUAUUUGACGAAAAUAUAUAUUUUACAUUUACACUAAGUCUUCAGUAGGAAACAUCACAUUUAACUGUUAAAUUCAGUAUUCCUAAUUCCAGGACCUUUUGACCAUAUUUUUUGCAAGUUACAUGACAUUACAUUACAUUUAAUCAUUUUAUAGUUUAGUCUGAGUGAUAAAUCGUCUAACUAGUUGACCAAAUAAUAUGCACUUUACAGGCAUCUCAUUUGAUACUUUAACACCUUGUUUCACCUGAUUUUCUUUGUCACAUGUUUCAGAUUUGAUACAGAUUUUAAAAAAGCUUAUUUCAAUUUUAGAUUCUUGGGUUUUAUAAGGUUUCUGUGGUCCAAAUAAAGAAGUCCUUCUUUA